GAGGAGGCGGAGUUGUCAAUGCAGCUGAAAGAGUUGAGUCAAAAACUCAAGUUUGGUUAAAAUAUAAUGGAGGCCAGCGUGAUAACUCAGGACACAAGCCACACAAGCUCCCCGAAGGAAGGCCUCGACACUGCGUCUGCCCCCCCAGUUCCUCAAUCUGUGCUGUCCUCUCACCCUCCUUCUAGACCGUCCCGCCCCAAACCACCCCCUUCUGCAGUCAAAGCCACCCAGCUCCCUUCUCGACCUCCCCAGUGCCCACCUCCUCCUCCAUGUAUCGCUCCACCUCUAACUCCGUCCUCCAAACCUGUCAAGUCCCCCAUGUCCUCCAACCCUGCUCCACUCUGCUUCAACCCUCCGGCAGGUCUCCCGGUUCCCCUCUCCCCGACUCCCGUAGUAUCAGUCGCGCCAUUAUUCAAGCCCCUUGUCAACACGGAACCUUCUUCCUCAUGUUCCACUCCAACACCUCCUGGACUCACCGAGCAGCUUGUGGGAAGUGCCUCCGUUUGGCAAACCACCGGACUCAACAAAGACAAAACUACCAGCAUACUUGAGAAUGAGACACCAGGGGCCUUCCUGGUCAACAGGACGGUGAGCGGGGACUUAACACUCUUGGUACGGCAGUGUGGACCUCAGGAAUCAUCAUGUAUACGUAGCGUGAACAUAGAACAUCACAAGUCAUUCCUUCACUUGACUGGGUCGUCAUUGCUUUUUGACGACAUCUUUAAACUCAUCUCCUUCUACUGUGCGAGCAGAGACAUCUUGGACGGCCCCCUGAGGUUACCCCAGGCCAUUACUAAGGCCAGCAAGAAAGAGGAGCUGGAGGCCAUCUCUGCACUGGGCACAGAUUUCUGGACGUCAGAUUCUCACCAUCUGUCAAAGAACCAGGACCUUCAGCGCAACAGUGUGUUCCUGCAUGUAGACCCAGUAUUGAUGGAUAGAAAGUCCGACAAGGACCUGACUCUCGCUAGAGAAGACACAAGCCCUGCAGGCUCGGUGAUACAAAACGGAGAGUCCCCACAGAAGACACCUGUCAAAAGUGAGAUUGUCAAAACACCCAUUCAGGAAAUCAAGUAUAAGCGGCCACCGCCGCGCCCCCCCAGCCUGGGAAGCACUUCUGGCAUGGGUUUACUGUUCUCAGAGAAGAAAGAGGAAGCUAAGGGAGGGGAGGAACGAGAAAACAGGAAGUUAGUGUCCUUGUCAUCUGUUCCACUCCGACCUCCUGUUUCCCUGCAGCUGCGCUCUGCACCACCUUUACCUCCUGCUCCUCUCCGCUGCACUGCCUCCCAAAAAAGCUCCAAAGAUCAAGACAAAGUGGCAGCAACUGAGAGUGGGACAGAAGAGAGCAGUGUUCCUAAAGGAGGAGAGACAGAAAAGAGUGAGGGUGAGAGUGUGGCUCUGAUAGAGGAUAGUGCAGAGAGCAAAACAGAAGAAACAAAAAGUGACGGAGAGAAGGUGAAGGACACAGAAGAAGAGCAGGAGGUGAGAGAUCCAGAUAAAGCAGGCACUACUCAGACUUCAAAACAGCCAUCGGUAAAAAGACCCACUCGUCCCGUCCCACCACCACGAAGGAAAACUUGCCCUCCAGAAGUCUUUGUGAGCUCCAUCCAGGCAGCUAACCAGCCAAACGCUGUUAGCAAGGCCACCCCGCCACGUCGCCCAGACGUGUCUUUGUAUUCCCCAGAGGGCGGCGCCAUGGUGGACGCUGACCCCGACUCUGGGACAAACAGCAGCACAGAGGAAGAGGGAGAGCUGAACCUGGACCAGAAACACAGCCACACUUCAGAAAGUCGCAGCCCAAAAGUGAAGAGGACGCCCACCAACAUCAUUCUGGACCGAGCACGCCACCGCCUGUCCACCGUCAUCACCGGCCUCAUCAGUCACGAGCGCCGCCUCUCGCAGCGCAUCGUGGAGCUGGCCAGGGCCCCGUCCAGCUAUUUUGGCAACCUGGUGAAGGAGCACAGGGCGUUCACGCUGGAGAGCAUGCCCAAGCACACCACAUCCACGGAACUGCUGCAGGAGAUCAGGCAGAUGAUGACUCAGCUGAAGAGCUACCUGCUGCAGAGUGCCGAGCUGCAGGGCAUGCUGGAACCACAGCACCAGUACGCACCCGACAAGUUAGAGAGUAUUGUCGAGGCUGCCCUGUGUAAGAGUGUCCUGAAGCCCCUGCGGGAGUCUAUCUACCACAGUCUAGAGAAACUGCACACAGAGAACGGCAGCCUCAAACAGCUGGCCCAGAACCAGUCUGUGGUGAUGGGCAGCACCACCACAUCUUUAGGAAUCAGCACUGCGAUCCCCGAGGCCUCCGCCAUGGAGAAAAUCAACGUCAAGCUGAAUAACCUGCACUUGGAAUACUCCCCACAGAAGAAGAUCGAGCUCCUGCUGAAGGCCUGCAAGAUCAUUUACGACUCCAUGUCUGUCAGCUGCCCAGGGCGGCCCCAUGGUGCUGAUGACUUCCUUCCUGUGAUGAUGUACGUGCUGGCGAGAUCUAAUCUGUCGGCCCUGCAGCUGGAUGUGGAGUACAUGAUGGAACUGAUGGAUCCUGCUCUCACUCUUGGAGAAGGUUCAUAUUACCUUACCACCACUUAUGGUGCUCUGGAGCACAUCAGGACAUUUGACCAGCAGAGGUCAGCAACACGUCAGCUCAGCAGAGAAAUCCAGGACUCCAUCCAUCGCUGGGAGAGAAGACGGACCCUGAACCAGGAGAGUGCUGGUCAGCGAUCAGUGCAGGACUUUUUGACAGUGUGCUCUCCUGAAGUUGGAUCGAACCCCAAGACUUUAGGAGUUCUUCCAACCACCACCAUCCAGCAGCUGACAGAAGAGUGUGCUGCACGCUUUGAACAAGAUUCCUACGUUCUGAGCAUCUAUGUGGACGGUGUCUGCCGGCCACUUGUCCAGACAGAGCUUGCGUUGACUGUCAAGAGCAGCUGCAAGCCUGGAGCCUAUUGCUUUGUCUUUCACUCUGCGGAGCAACCGACCGUCCAGCACUCAAGUCGUAACUGUCCCAGGGACCCGCCCCCUCACCCAGCUGAGCGACCUGUCCAGCAGUCCAUCCGUACCCGACCCUCUAAGCCACCCCCACAUCCAGCUCGGCGGCCGAGUCAACAAUCUGUUCGUAGUUGCCCUACUGGUCCUCCUCCUCACCCAUCUGCCCAACCAAACCUGCCAUCCAUCCCUAACUGCCCCACAGCUCCACCCCCUCACCCAUCUGCUCAACCCAACCUACCAUCAAUUCCCAGCUGCCCCACGACUCCACCCCCUGAGCCAGUGGCCCAGUCCAGCCGACCAUCCAUCCCAAGCUGCCCCACGGCUCCACCCCCUCACCCAGCAGCCCAGUCCAGCCCACCAUCCAUUCCUAGUUGCCCCACUGACCAGCCUCCUCUCCCAGCUGCCCAGCCUAGUCUAGAGUCCAUCACUUGUACCCCCACUGACCAGCCUCUUCACCCAACUUCGAAUGCGAGCCACCCUGCUGUCCCAGCCCCUGUGUCAGCUACCCCAUCCAACAUAGAGUCCGACAGUAGCUGCCCCACUGACCCUUCUCCUCUUCUUCCUCCAGUUAGCUACUUCCAACCUACAUCUGCAGCCGAUUCUACAGAGCCAAAUGAAGAUGAUAAAAGUUUGAUCAGUUUUUAAUGGUCUCACCCUACAAUUGCAUCAACAUAGAUACAAAAAAGGUUAGAAAAAAAAAACGUUGUUUUAGAUUCCACCUGUGCUUUAGCAGCAUAGAGCCCUCCUAUGAUGGGAAAAUAGCGUUUUCAGUUACCAACAUGAAGUGCCCCCUCAUUGCCUGUUGAGCAGGACUCUGCAUUUUAAGGGCGACUGUCAAGUGGGACCAUGAAAGAUGUACAAUGCACUCUGUCAUUUGUCCACCCUCCGACCCUCCUUCAGACUCUGACGCCGUCAUCACCGAAAAUAUGUUCCAAGUAUAUUGACUCAACAGUUUAGAUCAAAGAUUCUCUUCCUAUAGAUCCAUCAAACACUACUCAUCACAACCUGUCACCACUCUGUCGAUGUCCAACAGCCAGACCACAAGACGAUCGAACCAACAAGCACAUCUGGUGCCCACAGUCAUAAGCCAUUGGGCUUCCAACAUAAACAGCGAUGGAACUUGAACCUCUGUUCUGCAUGUACUUGAUUUGCAUCAUACAAUAUGUGUAUCAUAUUUGAGCUCCAGCACAGCCUUUAAAUGUGUGGACAACGUUCAUGUCAGUAUUAUAAUUUAUAUUUGCACUCGUGUUUUCUAGUGCCAGUGGGGCUAUUGCAGUUACCAUUUUGUGCCUUUAAUGCUCUUAAAUAAACAAGUGAGACUGUCCAACAUUUGGUCAUGUGGCUAAAUAAAGCUUCUGCUUCAAGUAAACUAUGUUUGUGUUAAAUGUGUUGACAUUAGUUGUGUUUGAAGUUGUUGGAAGGUGUUAUAUUAACGCAGCUUUUGUCUGGAGGGGAAUUUCU